UGUUGCAAAAUCUUUAGAUCACCUAAUGUGCUUUUACGCAUGCGCAGAAAUAAUACGACAAAUGCGCUGCAGGGGCUGCAAGUGUGUUUUACGGCAGUCUCAUAGCGUUGUUGUUGCCAUGGUACCAUCUAAACAGUAUUUCAUGUAGCUCAUUAUAAUGAGUUUAUAACACCGCUGAUAACAUGCAGGAAUAUUUUGUCAUUUAAAUUAUAAUUUGGUAGGGGAUAUGUUGCUGUUGUCCCGCUGUCAUGAUAUGUUGUAAUAAAUAACAGUUGUGCGGUUGCUGCAAUGAUAGGGCAGCCGGAGCCGCCAUCUUUAGCGUUUACAAUCCUUUUGCCAAAACGACUGACCCCGUCUCUUCAAUACAGGAUGAUAAUGACUGUGGUAUAAUCGCCAUAUAGCACUGGAACCUGACUACUUGAGCGGUAUCACUCCGCUUUGUUUACAAGGCCAAAUCCUACCGCCUGUGCACGCCUCAUUUUACAUUUGAUACCACACUGACAGCUGAUAGAGCUAACAGCUAACAUUAUGAACGCAGAGCAGGAUUCUCGUGACAAACUGGAUUUGUUUGAACCUGAUGUGAAAACUAAAGAGGAGAUCAUUCUGAAAGAAGAGGAUGAAUCACCAGAAGAUAAUACCACUGACAUUUCUAGACAUGCAAUGGUAUCAGACUUGGAGCUGGAUGAACUUGAAGACAGCAGAAGUGGAAUAAGUAAGGUUACAAAGAAGCAGACCACAUGGGCUGUUAAUUGCUUCAUUGGCUGGUUGGAGGCCCAGAGGCUCCAGGUGGACUUGACUACAGUGGAGAAGGCUGAGCUGAAUGGGGUGCUGAGACACUUUUAUGGAUCAGUACGAAACAGCAAAGGAGAGCUCUAUGGGAUUGCUAGUUACAUUGCUCUGAGAGCAGGACUUAACCGUUUCUUCAAAGAACCUCCUGUCUGCCGUCCUGUGUGCCUAAUGAGAGAUGUUGAGUUCACCUCAGCCAACAAGGUCUUCUUGGGAGUGCUUAAGAAAAUUAGGAAGUCUGGUCGAGACAUAACAUCACACCAUCCGGCGUUGUCUCCUGAUGAUAUCCGCAUCCUCAGACACUCCCGUGUGAUGGACACCAGUACUCCAAGGGGGCUUCUGAACAAAGUCUGGUUUGAUAUUCAGGUAUAUUUCGGCCGCAGAGGGAAGCAGGCCAACAGGAAUCUAAAACCAGAUUCAUUUGUAAUCAGGAAAAAGGAGAGAGGACUGAGAUAUUGCACUUUAUCGUUUGGCGAUGAGAAGGAACGAUGCUCUAUGCUUGAGAAGCCAGGCAGUGAAUUUUGUCCCAUUACUUCUCUUUUAAAGUAUCUGCGCAAGCUCCCAUCCAAUGCCACCGCCCUUUACUUGCAGCCUAAGAAGGAUCUUACGGAUGAAAUGUGGUACAGCCAAGUCCCCCUAGGAGUCAAUUAUCUGGGAUCAAUGCUGUCUCGCAUGUGUAAAGAAGCCCGCACAUCAAUCAUCUAUACCAAUCACUGCAUCAGAAGCACACCCUUUCACCAGCUGUGUGAUGCAGGACUGGAAGGAAGGGAAGUUUUUCCUGUUAGCAUGCACAGGUCUGAAAGCGCUCUCCAAAGUCACCAGGCGCCUUCUCUUGGGAGCCAGAAGCUGCGUAGCGAUAUAUUGCCAGAGAAUGAUUCAGCUGGCCCAGCAGGGUUGGAUUUAAAUCAUGAAGAAUUCUUUGAGGAUUUUCCAUUUCUCCAGACUGCAUCAAACCAAAACUACAUCCCAGACGCUGUGCUGCCACCUGGAGAGCCAUGGCUCCACGGCGGCCCCUCCCGGGCAGUGCUGUCCCUGCCCUCCUGCCUGUGCCUGUGUGCAGACAUUGGGUCUGGGAUUUCUGGUCAUGGAUCUUCUGGUGAAGAGCAGAUGAAAGUGUAUGCUAAGUGUCAGCUUCAGAAAGGUGUCAUGUUUGGGCCAUACUUAGGAGAAAUGUGCAGAGGACAAAUGCCGACCAACCUCAAAUACUCCUGGGCUAUCAGGGAUGAUGCUGCUUUUGUCUACGUGGAUGCUUCUGAUGAAAACAAAUCUAACUGGAUGAGGUAUGUAACAUAUACCAACAGUGAGGAGGAACACAACCUUGUCAUCUUCCAGUUUUACCGCCACAUCUACUACAGGGUUUCCCAGCCCAUCCCAGAGGGAGCAGAGCUCAGGGUCUGGAUCGGCAGGGAUUAUGCCACCUUGCUGGGCCUCGGGAUGGGUGACAAUGUUAAAUGUGAAUUUGGAGACAAAGAGACAGUUCUGCGCCUUCUGCAAGACAUCCAGUUGGUCACCCUCCCAGAGCCCAGCAGCUCUUCCCUUUGGUCAGACCACAGCCAAUCACAGAGCCCCAUGCCAGUCAUCAGUGAUGUGACAACAGUGUCAAACCCAGACGCAGCUAGUGAUUCAGGCAUGAUUUCUGGCUCCACCUUCCCCUCUCCCCCCCUGAUCUCCUUCCCGUCCCCCAGCUCUCAUCCAAUGGAAAAGUACGAUUUUAUGCCUGGAACUGAGAAACUGCUGAGUCACCCCAACGCCACACAGAACAGUCCAUGGUACUUUUUUGGUUUCGAGCCGGACCCAACUGGUCGGCCUCUGGACCGGAGCACUCUGGUGUGUAAGCUGUGUGGGGAACAUGUGAGCUGUGGAGGAGCAGCGGAUCUCCAAAACCACCUGACCAACAAGCACCACAUCAGAAUCCGUGACGGUAACAAGGAUCGGAGUCUUCUGACAAUAGAUCCGCCCCUGGUUGGAGAUGAUGGAGAAACAACAGAACUGGAAAAUCCUCCUGCUUCCCUGAGGUCACCUGUGUGGGAAUAUUUUGCCUUCCCCGUGAGUUAUGUAAACAACAAACGCGUCGUUGACAGAAAAACUACAGUUUGUAGGCUAUGCUACACGCAGAUACCAUACGCCACCUCAGGCAACACGACGAAUAUGGCGGGACAUAUUCGCAGGCAUCAUAAACAAAUAGAUUUGACUGGGAAAAGACCGACAGACACCGGGAUCUGGUGGCCUUUGACAGGUCAACAACGCUUACAGCCAGUGAUGGUUAACAGUGGUCUGGUCAGUACACUCCCCAUGAUACUGUCUUCUCAUGUGACUGAUGCCAUCACCAACUUUCUCAUCAUGGAUCUUCAGCCCCCAGCUCUGGUAGAAGGGCGUGGCUUCAAACACCUGAUCCAAACCCUCCUGCCCUCCCACAAGGAACUGCCUUCACCCAGUCAGCUAGAGAACCUCCUGAAAGAACAUCACACCAGAGGCAAGAUGAGCCUUGCGCAGCUGCUGAGGAGGAAAGUGGGAAGCAGUGAGAACGAGGAGAUAUCUGACCACACUGCUCCCCUCGAGUUUGAGCCAAGAAGACGUGGGCGACCUCCCAGCCAUCUGAAGGAGGUUCCACACUUUGUCACUUUAAGUGUGGAUGUAUGGUUCCACAACUGGCAGGGCAACACUGAGAGGUACCUUACCCUCUGGGCACAUUACAUAGACUGUAAUUUUAGAUUUCAGAAUGUGGCUUUGGCAACCCAAAGACUGAUGGAGAGUGGAGUGAAAGACUACAGCCUUCGAGCAAUGGAGGCUCAAGUGAAAGUGAUGGCCCAGGAGUGGGGAAUUUCCCAACCUAAUCUGGUCUUGCUGGGAGGGGAGGGAAGGAACAAAAUGAGGCUGGGGCCAAUAAGGAGCGAGAAAGGUGGAGAGGCUGCAGGAAGCGUACCUCACCCAAACUCAACAACAUUUCUUGAGAGGGAGGACUGUGUGUCUCCAGAGGAACCACAUGGCUUGGAGCACGGCCAUACUAGCGAAGGACCACCAUCUGUGCCAUGUUUCUUCAGUGCUGUGCAAGGCUGCAUUGAGGAAGUGAUGUUACACUCUGUCAUCUUCAAGACCCUUAGCCAAUUCCAAGGUAUUCUCACGACCCUGUUCCUGCCAACUGCUCAAAACAAAGGCUCGUAUCAGCACCACGCCCACAGUCUGUUGCAGACCCUGACGAAACAAGAACAGGCAGAGCUGAAGUCAUGGGCUCACAGCUGCCCAACAUGGAAUAAGCUGUACCCUCAACUGAGCAUACUCAUUAAAUAUAAAAGCCUUUUCUGUGAGCUUAUGAAAGAGAUUAAAGGUGAGGGCUUGUCUAAAGAAGACAUUACUUCAGAAUCCAGUUCAUCUGGCAGCUGCCACGCAAACUCCACCUCCAGCGCAUCCUCAGCAAGUGUCACAACAUUGCGAUCAGAAUGGAAGGUUCUGGAGGAGCUGUGUUUGGUCCUCAAACCUCUGGACGUGGCAUGUCGAACUCUUGCCAAAGAGGCAUUCCCUCGUCUGUCUCUCAUCAAGCCAAUUCUCACUGGCCUGCUCUCCCGCCAUCUCAUGACGCGACCAGGAGAUUCGUCAUCCAUCAUGAAGGAAGUGAAGAGGAUGAUGAGGCGGAAGUUGGCGAGCUGUUACGACAACCCUGUUGUCAACAGGGCUCUAAGUGUGGCUUGUUCCCUCGAUCCCCAGUUCCAUGGGCUUGGGUUCAUGGAGGACAAGGAGCAGACAGCCACUUUUGAUUGGCUGAAGAAAGAGGCCGUCAGGAUUGUGAAGGAGGACACAAGGAGAAGCCAAGCAAAGAAGCAAGGCCAGAACAAGAGAAGCCCCUCACCUGGGUCACCUGACUCAGACAGUGAGUUCCUACGAAGGAGUAAGCGCCUCAAAGAAUCCCGCCCAAUCAACUUCAGAGAGAUAGAAUGUGAAGAUGAUGAUGAAGAGAGUGAUGCAGGGGAUGCUGAUGAGAGUGAUGUUGCAGAUCCAGGCGCUCAGGGGGGACUCUCAGGUAUGGAGUUCCUCCUGGGAGACUUGUUUUGCUCUGCCCCCAAGAGCAGGCAGAGCUCCGUGGAGGAGUCUAUAGACAUGGAGAUGUCUGUCUUCAGAGCCGACAAGGGGGCUUCACUGGGAGUGGAGCCCCUGCAGUGGUGGAGGACGAAGGCAGUGCAGUUUCCACUGUUGGCCACAGUGGCACGGGCCUACCUGGCUGCCCCGGCAGUGGCAGGUAGCGCUGCACAGGACUUUGUGCAGGAAGGGGCGGGAACCACGCACAGGAAGAGAGCCAACAUUCCACCAGAGAGUUUGGACUCAAUCUUGUUUCUGCAUCACAACCACAUGUCCACCAUUGAGAGUGGGCAGACCACUGUUAGGAACGACGAAAAGAACAGUGGGAUUGAAAAGGUCCCAUAAACACGCUGAAAACUCUGAAUUUAACCCUCUGAGUAACUCUUACCCUCUUUCUUUGGCAAAUUUAAGGUUUAAAUGUAACUUUAAAGUAGAGCUGGGCAAUAUAACAACUAUGUACAAUUGAUAUAUUUUCAAGCAAGAUAUAGAUUUAGUCAAUACCUUUUAUAUUGUUGCAUAAGUUGCAUUACCAUUACCAUUACCACCGCAUACCAUUUUGCAUCUAUCCUCUCUCACACUCUGCUCACAGCUCUAGCACAGUUCUCCAGCAACACUGAGAGACACAGAGCUGCUCCUCUGUUAAAUCUGUCUGUUAAUUAGUCUAGAGUGCCACAUCUAUGUGUUGCACGUGCUAUGCUAACUCAGUCUGUGAGAUGAAUGAAAUAACCACAGUAGCACAUGGACAGUACUAUGGGCCUUUUUCUCUGCCACUUUUGGCCAUGCCGAAUCAAGCCAUGGAGCACUGCUUUGCAUUCCAUUAUCAGUUUAGACUGUCCCAGAGAUGGCCCUUCUCCUCGGGAGCAGAUCCAAAAGCCGGGCCGCCUGCCCUCAAGCGGGUAGAGAACCCCUGACAGCCCCCCUUUCUCCUCCUCAAAUAAGCCCUAUGUGCUGUGAGAUUCUACUCCCCUUUGUCUGCAGGAGACCGUUUUUAAAAGUCUCUGUGUGUUCAGCUCUCAGAACUUCUGUAGCUUGUAACUGAAUCUCUGUGGUUUGGAGUUUAGUCUCUCUCCAGCAUCCUGUUUUUACUUCAGAUAUCUGCUGUAUUUUACUGUUUCAUGUUCACAAUCAGCCCUAUUAGAAGAUGUGUGAAGUUGCUGCUGUAAACUCAGCAUUUCCUUAUUUUGCCACUUCACAAUAAAAGUUUUUAUAUGACAAAAUAAUGGGGGACUUUAAUUGUGAAGAAUCUAGAGGAAAUGAAGAGUUUAUUAGCAAAUUAGCAGAAUUUUGUUAGCAGCUUUUCUUCAAUAAAGGCAAGUCUAAUAACACAGCAGGGAGGAAAGUGAAACAGCCGCAGAAACAGCUGCAGUGAGAUAGUUCGAUGAAGAGCUGUAGACAACAGGUUCUUACUGAGCCUCUGCGAACAGCUCACCUCCAACAGGUAAACUUCUUUUACCUGCCCUGUUGUGGAAAAACACAUACAGCAAAAAUAACAGGAAACUUCAGCCGUGGAUCAGCUUGCAGCUGAACAUGUAGCCUAUUUGGAGAAAACACUGAGAUAUAUAUCGUGUAUCGCCAUUCAGCCUGACAAUACAGAGAUGUGAAUUUUUUUGCCCAUAUCACCCAGCUCUACUUUAAAGGGUCAGUGUGUAAGAUUUAUGGGGUUUUACUGGAAACUAGUGGUGAGGGUUGUGGAUUGCAACCAGCUGAACGUUUCUUGGUUAGAAUUCCUUCAGUGUUCAGGAGGUUUUUAGUGGGAGCUGAAUUACCCACAGAAGUCUCUUACUCUCCAAAACAAACAGGACAAUUAUUAAAACUGGUAAAAACACUGAAUAAAGCAGUGUCAUGUUACAGAUCAGUGUUUGUCCAGCACUGUCUGCUAAUGUGUGCUCAUGUUUUUUCUUUUGAUAACUUAAGAGCAAGACAUUCAGGGGAUUUUUACUGGGAUGCGAAUUAUCCCAAAACAUGAUGGUGCAACAUGGCGAUCUCGAUAAACAAGGACCUGCUCCCUUUGUAGAUGUAAAUGGCUCAUUCAAGGGUAACGGAAACACUACAAUUCUAUAGUUUGGACUGUUAAUACAUCUAAUUUACAUUUAAAUUGUAUUAAGUACCUUGUAGCGCCUCGUGCCUUACCUCCUUUGGAUACAAUUAUAUCCUCAAUGUUAAUUUCUAAGAUAUAUAACUGUGAUUCUAAGUGUGUAGAUUGUCUGUCAUAACAUAGAUUAAAGUCCCCCAUUAUGUAAAAGGGCGACCAUGUGCCUUUAGUUUUGCAUUUAUACAUAUUUUUGGCUUUAUGAAUCAGUCAGGGUUUCCCACACAUACAUUUAUUUGUGGCAGCCUGCCAUGAUGGAAACAUCUGCCACCACAUUUUCAUUUUCUAGUUUUGGAGCUGGGCCAUUCAUUAGGUGCGCUGUUGGAAUAUACUGCUUGGUUAUUCAUUGCACAGCAUUCUCAGAGCAAAGCGUGUACAAAGUUAGUCAUUGUCAGGUAACACCGCACAUAGAUUCAAAUUCUGUGGGAAACUUUAUAUAAGGAUAUAAUGAAUGAUGACUCCAAAGACCUUUUUUUUUUUUUAGUUUUUCAGUAAAUUGGUAAUAGAACUUAAAUUAUGGUUCAAGUGAUCAUGAAAGAGAUUUGAAGAAGGAAAACCUGUCACAUAUAUAGAACAUUGUUAGCUAUUAGUCUGAGUUUUAGAGAAACAUUGUUUACUCUCUGUUACUGCUGUAUUUCUAAAUGUAAUUUGUUUCAUGUGUAGUGAAACUUUUUUUUUUUUUUUUACAAAACAUUAACAUAGUAUGAUGACAUUUUUUUCAGCAAUACAUUGGACACUGUUAACAAUGGAUGAAGCUUUUAGCUAAGUGUAUGUCUUGUCUUAGAGUGAUGUAUGAACUCUUUGCAUAUUCACAUACGUGCAGAAUAACUGUUUUUUUUUUGUUUGUUUGUUUUAGGUGUCUCACUGUAAUUUUUGAAAAUAAAUUCUAUAACCAUAUAAGUCAUGAAUCAACACUAUAAAUAUAACACACAGUUCAGUUGUAUUACUUGUACAGUGUGUAGUGUGCUGUGGUUAAUACAAAGACCUGCCGUUUCAAAUACUCGAUUCUGGUUGGUGAAUUGUGGCAUUCUACGGUCUGUAAUAUCUGAGUAACAUACCGUUGCUAUGGACGUAGUUCUGAUCAUACACACUUCG